CUGAUUGAUGUAAAGAAACCACGCCAGAAAGCUUGUUUGCUGUGUUAUUUCAACGUGUCGUUCUCGUGCAUUUAGAAAAAAAGCGUGAUUAACUGAGAACAUUUUUAUUUUAAUGUUAUGCACCUAGUUUGUAGAAGAUAAAAGAGGACUUGAUUAAACGAAUUAAUUCAAGUAGUUUCGAAGAUGGAUUUCUUAGAAUACACCGAUGUAAUUGCAGAAGUGAAGGGAGCUAUGACUCCCGGACGAUUAAAACUAACAGAUCAGCACCUGAUUUUCAAGAAUCAAAAGACAGGGAAAGUGGAACAAAUUUCAGCAUCAGACAUAGACAUGGUGAAUUAUCAGAAAUUCAUUGGUACUUGGGGCCUCAGAAUAUUCCUUAAAAAUGGCACAUUACACAGAUUUCGUGGUUUCAAAGACGGUGAUCAGGAGAAAAUUGCAAAGUUCUUUGCACAGAAUUAUAAGAAAGACAUGCUGGAAAAAGAGCUCAGUUUAAAGGGUUGGAACUGGGGCACAGCCAGGUUCAAUGGUUCUGUGCUGAGUUUCGAUGUUGGGCAUCAUACUGCUUUCGAAAUUCCAUUGUACAAUGUUUCUCAAUGUAACACUGGGAAAAACGAAGUUACAUUGGAAUUUCAUCAGAAUGAUGACGCCCCUGUAAGUUUAAUGGAAAUGAGAUUUCAUAUACCAGUCAGCGAUAGCAUGGAUCAAGAUCCUGUGGAAGCAUUCCAUCAACAAGUUAUGGAGAAGGCAUCUGUUAUCAGCGUCAGCGGAGAUGCCAUUGCCAUAUUUAGAGAAGUCCAAUGUCUCACACCUCGUGGUCGUUAUGACAUAAAGAUAUUUCAGUCAUUCUUCCAAUUGCAUGGUAAAACAUUCGAUUAUAAGAUUCCAAUGUCUACGGUUCUAAGGCUGUUCCUCUUACCACACAAGGACAACAGGCAAAUGUACUUUGUGGUCAGUUUAGACCCGCCGAUCAAGCAAGGUCAAACACGUUACCAUUAUCUAGUAUUACUGUUCAGUGCCGAAGAAGAAACUUCGAUCGAAUUACCAUUUUCCGAGAAAGAAUUGAAGGAAAAGUACGAGGACAAGUUGUCGAAGGAAUUGUCCGGUCCGACAUACGAAGUUUUGGGGAAGAUAAUGAAAGUGAUAAUUAACAGGAAACUUACAGGACCUGGAAACUUCGUUAGCCAUUCCGGAACUCUCGCUAUUACCUGCUCCUUCAAAGCCGCGGCAGGUUUCUUAUACCCUCUCGAGCGAGGUUUUAUUUACGUGCACAAGCCGCCGAUUCACAUACGAUUCGAGGAAAUCGCGUCGGUGAACUUUGCUCGUAGCGGAGGGUCCACCAGGUCGUUCGACUUUGAGAUUGAAUUGACCAGUGGUGUGGUGCACACGUUUAGCAACAUUGAAAAAGAGGAGUAUGGAAAGCUGUUUGACUUCAUUACCUCCAAAAAACUUAGGGUCAAAAACAGAGGCAAAAGCGACAAACUGGAUUAUGACAACGACUUUGGAGACAGUGAUCAAGAAGAUGAGCCGGAUGCUUACCUAGCGAGAGUCAAAGCCGAGGCCCAAGAAAGAGAUGAAGACAAUCAGGAUUCCGAAGAGGAGUCGACCGACGAAGACUUCAAUCCUAAUCAAGAUGAAAGCGAUGUCGCGGAGGAAUACGACAGUAAUCCUAAUAGUUCGGAUAGUGAAAAUGAUUCCGACGCAUCCGAGAAGAGUCAAAAGAAAGACAAGAAGGAGAAGAAGGAAAAGAAAUCGAAAUCCGCCAAGACUGUGUCGGAGAAACCGAGAAAGCCUAGGAAACAGAAGAAGGAGAGAGACGCGAACAAACCCAAGAGACCGCCGACUGCUUUUAUGAUAUGGUUGAACAGCGCGCGAGACAAAAUUAAGGCAGAUAAUCCUGGUAUCGCUGUUACGGAAAUAGCGAAAAAGGGCGGUGAGAUGUGGAGGGAACUUAAAGAUAAAUCUGAAUGGGAACAGAAAGCGGCUAAGGCAAAGAAAGAUUACGCUGCGUCGAUGAAGGAGUACGAAGCUAGCGGUGGCGGGAAAGAGAAAGAAAAGAAGGAGAAACCGGAGAAGGGUGAGAAAAAGAAGAAGGAGACCAAGAAAGAAUCUCCCAGUAAAUUGAUGACCGGGCCUAAUUUCAAGAGCAAAGAAUAUAUUAGCGAGGAUGAUAGUAGUAGCGACGAUGACAAGAAGGAAUCGGCAAAAAAGCAAUCCGAUGAAGACAGUGAUGAUAAUAAGAGGAAUAAGAAGGCAGAAAAACGCAGCGCGGAUGAUGAGAAGAAGAAGACGGCUAAGAAAAGUAAGAAGGACGAAUCGGACGAAGGUAGUGACGAGGAACCUAUUGAAACUACUCCACCUUCUAGCGACGCAGAGUCUAAAGACAGUGAUUAAUUGAUUUUAUCACUUGUUCGUUUAAUACUUAAUUCAAGAUUCCUUUAUGGAUUUUCAAAUCAGUUACAUUUUGUAAACUAUUCCAUCGAAUAUUUAUGAUUCCUUAUUUUUUUAUUUAUUCAAGUUUUUUUGAAGAUACAAUUACAAACGUGAUAUAUUACAAACAAUAAGGAGUAUGUAGAAACAUUGAUCAGUUAUAUUUAUACACCUUUUUUGUAAUCAGUGGAAUAGCGAUAUUCAGUAAGGUAUAAUAUUUUGCAAGCUGGAAACUCUGUUCAGUGUUGUAAUAAGGAAUUUUACGUUUACUUUGAGGAGUUCUAUCUUACGACACUACGAUUAAAAUUUGUAAAAUAAAAGAAUCUAGUGGAAAUAAACCUCCUUGAUGUUUUAAACGCUUUAAUAAAAAAAAAAUCUUUCAAUUAAUCAGUGUCCUUCAUGCGAAUUUGAAUCUCUAUCCUUGCGUACGUAACAUGUUAUUACGAGAUAUGUAGAACUUAACACUUAUUAAACUCAACGAAUAAAAGGAAUUUAUUUGAAA